AUGCAUCUGAGUGCUGCACCGCGACAGCAUGCCAGCUCGUCCAGGGAUCCAGACCGCGGGCCUCCUUCGUCCUCGAAAGCUGGUGCUGGCAGCCCUACAAAGUCGGGCACGACCGAUGCUCCCAAGAAGAAGGAGAAGCGGAGAAUGAUAGAAUGGAAAUACACGACAGCACCUAUGAAUGCGCGUGAUCUCGCGCGUGACGAUGAUUUCAUCAGCCACAUGCUUGUCGAAUGUCUGGGGACUAUUGAACCCUUGUCCGUUCACAAAAUGGACGCCUCUCGUAAACUUCCGACUUGGGAACCCGAUGUUAUUCUCGCUAUCGUUCAAAAGUACGUUGUCAAUUCCCCACCGGGGCGUGGCGCUGUUGCCCCAUACGCACGCGUCAAACCAGCUGUCGAUAUCCUCCUGCAACUCCGGAAUGUUCAACGCUAUAUAUGGCACAAGUCACAAUAUCAGAUCAAUGCAUUUGCAACUCAUAUGUCUCGUUAUCUCGAACUCUACUUACCGGGCGGCUCCAUCGAAGUCGCGCAGACAUCUCGUUACUCGCACAAGACUGGAAAAUCGGAGCUUUGUGUGAUUGCGGUAAAACCACUCAAGCCAGGGCAAACGAUUACCGACUUGAAAGGCUCGAUGGCGGACUUGACCGCCGAAGAGGACGAAGAGCUCAAAGAGAUUCGAGGAGCGGGAGCGCGGCGAGACUUUUCGGUCAUUUUCAGUCAUUCAAGAAACGUCAAUCAUCUCUUCCUGGGUCCAGCGCGGUUUGUCAACCAUGAUUGCGAAAACAACUGCGAGUUAUUUCGAGACGGACGAUACAUUACAUUCAAAGUUCUCAGACCCAUAGCGGCAGGGGAGGAAAUCACCGCCCACUAUGGUGAAGACUACUUUGGCAAGAACAAUCGACGCUGUCUUUGCGCUACCUGCGAGCACAAGGGCAUUGGCGGGUACGCCAUCGAAUCCGACUGGUCGCUCCACUCUUCCGAAUCCGAGUCCAACGAACCCCCCGCUGCACCCCCACAAGACAAACCACCAAACGUCCAGAGGCGACGGCGGACCGAACUCGACAACCUCAAAGAGAACCUCACCGACCUGAUGAAAGCCCCCGUGCUGCCCGUCAGCGCAAGUGAGGAUAGCGAGGAUGACGAAAAGCGCAAACGGAAGAAACGAAAGGAGAAGAAGGAAAAGGAGCGGAAUAAAGAGACGAGUCGGACUCGUGAUCGAGAUGCGACGCCCUCUUGUGCUCCAUCGAGUAAAGCAUCGACAAACGGGGUGCCGGUGUCUGGGACUAGUGGAGCCGCGCAGCUGCCGACUCCGUCUACGACUCGCAGCUAUCGAUCUACAUCAAGUGGGACUCCGAAAUUGGACGAGGGCGGCGAUGAAGCGCGGCCGUCUGAAAAAGUCAAAACGCAACGACAGCGAAAUAACGUCAUUCUGACGCCACCUCCUUCGAACAAGACACAUAGUGCCGACGAGGAGGAGAGUGACUCGGAUGCUGACGCGCCCAGACGAUCGACGCGAUCAAGAACGCGGACUACGACUGGCAAAGGCAAAGGGAAGUCCUCGGCGUCCACAUCAAAGAGUGCCGCAUCGAAUGACUCGGAUGCCGAUGAAUCGAGCAGCACCUCGAAUGAAUCUGAUUCGGACGACUCGGAGGAGACGACGUCUUCAGAGGAAGAGAGUCGUCGGGUAUAUGCGUUUCGACAGCGAAAGUUGCGGGAUAAGGCGAAUGCUUGGGCAUCCGCUCGACGGAAUGGGAACGCUGGUGGUUCUGGUCUGGUCCAUCUCAGCGACGUUGGCUGCUUCGAAAAGGGCAAGACAUGCAAGCGACAUUUUAACAUCUAUGGCGCAGCGUGGCCGAGUCGUAUCAGCCCUACCAACCUGGUUAAUUCUAGCCGCGAGAACUCGCCAGGCCCCAACGACACGUUCGCGAACGUCUAUCGCCAUCAUACUGCCGCCAACAGCCAUCCAAUGAACAAGAACCGACAAGACGACGACGGGAAACGUCCGCUCAAGCGGCGGAAGACAGAAGCUGACUUGGACCCGCACUCAGAACUCGCGCGUGCGGAGCGGUUCCUCGAACGGGAACGUGAGCGCCGAAAGGCCAAGGCUUCGGAUGAGAGUAGUGCAGAGGAGGCACCCAAGCGGAAAGUUGGUCGACCUAGAAAGCACCCGUUGCCCAAUCCAGUCUCUGCUGAUCAGCCUCCUGUCGUCAAGCGGGGGCGAGGCCGACCGCGCAAGUAUCCGCGACCCGAGGGCGCACAAGGCGCUUCACGUGCGCGAGAUGCUGAAGAUCGCUGA